UUGAAUUCUCGUGUGACCAACCUUACGCGUAGUAUUCUUAUUUUCUUGCACGUCAUCGAGAAGCGUAAAGAUGAGAUCGAUGAAUCAAAUUGAUGGAUACCGAAUAAAAAUUGGACCAUACAUGACAUGUCUAGAUCUGUUUACUAAUCAAUCGUGAUGGGAGCAUAUUGGUCGGAUUUUGUGUGAACAAAGUGACGGUGGGGCAAUUGGUACCUCGAUCAGUAGUCAAACUCUAAUCCACGUUGACUUUAUGGAUGGGGGUGGUUGAAUUGGGAACAAAACAAACUAUUGUCCAAUCGACGUGGAGAACAAUUUUUAUUUCUCUACUUUAAUUAAGGUCUUGUGGGUAGUGAUGACAAUUUCAACUCGCCCCGCGGGUAUUACCCGACCUGAUCUGCGAUGGGGCGGGUAUUACCCGAUCCGCAGUAGCGUGGGGCGGGGCAUGUGUAUUUAAUUCCGACCCGCCCUGCCCCACCCCGCCCCGUUCUAGACUCAUUUUAUCUCAAUUUCUUACAAAAUCUAUACAUAUUUCUCCUAUUUUGACUUUUCUUCAACUAGUUAGAGUCGAUCUUUCAACUUGUUAGGCUCAAUUAUCCAUUCUAUUAUCAAUAUUUUUCAUUCUUAAAGUGUUUUUCCCUAUGUUUUAUUGCAAUAAGUAAAAUUUACUUGUAUUUUUUUUUAACAACAUGUAAGAGUGGGUCGACCCGCCCGCGCCGUACCCGCGUGGGUUUUACUCGCCCCGACCCGUAGUAACGUAGGGCGGGGCAUGGAAAUUGAGGUACCCGCCCGCCCCGCCCCAUUGCCAUCACUACUUGUGGGCAGCUAGUGGCACUAUAGAUAUUGAGUUAGGUCUGACCAUACGUAGCUCUUGAUUGAGUACAGCUUUUGCCUUACUCACAAUCCAUAUCUUUUGGGCUUCGGCCCACCCUUUUAAAAUGUUAAGGUUUUGCACAUAACCCAAUGGGCUGAGCCCAACAGAACUGAUUCACUAAAACCACACUCAUUACCGUGGUUAACUUGUUAGACUUAGACGCCGGAUGAGCUGCUUUUUGCUGUUUGAGUGUUCCUGACUUCCUGCUAUUUGCGCCAAUGCUCGAUUGUUGCACAAGGAAUUGCUUCAGGUACUAUCUCUUCAUCACUGACUUGGCUUCUCUCAUCAAUUCCUUCAUCUCGGAGACGAAUGUCCGAGGAGGAGAGUUCUGCUGCUGCUUGUCCUCGGAGAAUUGUGGAUCAUGAGCGAAAAGGCGGACCAAAAUGCUGACUACUACGCUUAUUAUGGCGACCAAAUGGAAAGACACUCGCCAGCUUGGAAUCCCCAUGACGGUAGUUGAAGCAAUCAGCACUGAACACAGGCCUCCAAUGAUGGAACCGAGGUUUGCUGUUAGCGCUAACCAUCCACGAUUGCUGUUGUCGGUGGAUCGCGGGGUUACUAUGGCGAGUCCAAUCCCAUUCAGGCCUCUAGUUUCUAGAGCAGUGCCGUAGUCAGAAAUUUGGGUAAGGAGGUGUCAACUUAAAAAAAUUAAAAUGACUUUCUAUUUUUUAUAGUGAUCCACGACGGGUUCUCAUAUUUUGAAAAGUCUGUAAAAUACAUACGUCAUCCAGACUAUCAACAAUGUUACUCUCAAUGUAUCCUACCAAAAAAUCAUUCAUGAUAUUAAUUAUCACUCAUUCGACUCCGAAAAGUGUUUUUUAUGGAGUUCAUUACCGAAAAAUACUCUUUUAACACUUGCAUUGGCGAACGGUAGCAACAAUGCUAACUUCACAAGAAAAUACACAGAUAGAAAUCUCAUAUGCCGCUUUGUAGAAACCAUCUUACUAAAGUUCCGAUUACUGCUUGAAUAAGGAUACAAUUAUGAAUUUUUUUAAUUUAAUUUACUUAUUAUUUGUAAAUAGUAAGUUACUUAUAUAUACAAUAAAACAUAUUGGUGUAUCAAGUAAGUAAUUGUGGUUUAAUGGAAGAUGCCAAAGCUAAUAAUAAGGGUGUUCCAUGUUCAAAUCCUAGCUAUAGCAUAACUAAUACCUCUAUUUUUUUUAUGUUCUAGUCCCAAUCCAAGGGUGUGCCAGAGUGGCAUAAAGGUUUGAAUUGAUCAACAACUUUGACUUAUAGAGAAGUAUCAACGAUUUUUACACAUUUUCAAGAGUUUGAAUAGACACGUUCGAUAUGAAUGAAAUUUACCUUAAAUUACACGACUUCUUAUGAAGUUUUAGAGGUCUGUAACUAAGCUACCCUACUUGUUCGAUGGGGUCGGAUUUGGUAAAAAAAUCAUAUUUAUCGAGACGUUAUAUUAUCGAAACUCUUACACCAACUUAAUCAUAUAUUGAUUCACAAAAAAAGUAGUUACAUCCUCGAAUUCAGCCAGACAUGAAAAUCAAAGAAACGACUCAUAGUCGGGGACAAUGAAAGGGCAUUUCUAGCCACUAAACCCAGAAUGAAAGGCAGAAUAAUACACAAUUUCUUCAAGAAUAGACCCCAUCCGGUUAUCACUGGUCUGUGCCCGAUUAAUCUUGUCAAUGAAUAAAUUGGCAUCUCCCUCAAAGCUAACUUUCAUGAAGUCGUGCUCUAGACACCAACAAACAGCCUCCCGGAUGACAAGCAAUUUAACCACCAUAGGGUCAUCAAUGCACAGAAACUGAACCCCAAUAGCCACCACGAUCUCCCUAGUUGGGGUCAUAAGCACCAUCCCUCCUGCCGAGUGAGACCCACUCCGGGUAGCCCUAUCCCACAUGCACACCACCAAAUUAGUCCCCCUAGGACUCAAGUGAUGCGUCGGAGGAGUGAAGGGCUGAAGAACUUGGUCCAGCGGCAAACUUAUCCAUUCCUCAAACUAUUUGUUAAAUUAUCGCAUCAAGGCAAGGAUCCCAAAUUGCUUUCCCUCAAAGACAACCCAGUUACGAGAUCGCCAGAUCCUACAAAGGACAGCAACAACCGCCAUGAACAACAUAGGUUGAUGUGUGAGAGACAUAAACUUUUUAAGAAAAAGCGGGAAAGUAUGACGAGGCAACCCUUGUCCAAGAUAUUUCAGCCCCUAAUGGUCCCAAAGAGUGCGGGCCACUAGGCAAUAAAGAAACAAGUGUUCC